AUGUCAGACUUUGAUCGAGUUGUCAUUGUUGGCGGCGGCGUGGCCGGCUUGACGCUGGCCAACAUGCUCGAGAAACUCGACAUUAACUACAUCAUUCUCGAAUCACACAGUGAAAUAGCUCCAGCCGUCGGAGCAAGCAUUGGCCUAUUUCCCAAUGGCCUUCGUAUUCUCGAUCAGAUUGGCUGCUACGAGCGAGUUCUUGCCCUGCCCCAGCGACUCAUAACAACGUCACAUAACCGAAACUCACAAGGCAAGAGCCUCUCCAAGAUUUCCAAUGUCAGCGAGCAGCUUGAAAUAAGGCACGGUUAUCCCGUCUUGUUCUUUGAUCGGCAAUGGCUUCUCAAGCUCUUGUACGAUAAUCUACAGCACAAGGAGAGAGUUGCGCUUGGCAUGAAGGUUGCCAAGAUCCGACUCGUUGGUGGCAGUGUCCAAGUCAUCACCAAGGAUGGCCAAGUUGUCGUGGGCUCUAUGAUCGUGGGUGCCGAUGGCGUACACAGCACCGUACGUGACGAAAUGAUCCGUCUUGGCAACACGCUGCGCCCAGGUUAUUUUCCCGUAGGCGAGCCGGAACGCGUCCCGUGCUUCUACAGAUGUAGCUUCGGUAUCGCCCAGCAUGUCCCCGGCUAUGCAAAUGGCGAGUUGAAUCGAAUCUGGGCCGAAAACUGGUCAGGGCUGAUCAUAUCGGGUCCCGAGGAUCGAGUGUAUUGGUUCCUCUUUGACCGCCUCCCGAAGCCCAAGUAUGGAUCGAAUAUUCCCAAGUAUACGAAGGAGGAUGAGGCGGAAUUUGUCAAAGAAUUCUGGGACAAGGCGAUUACAGACAAGGUUACGUUCGGCCAAAUCUACUCCAAGAAGCUCAGCUCCACUCUGACACCAUUACAUGAGAUGGUCUGGAAGAAGUGGUUCUUUGAACGCAUCAUAUUGCUAGGAGAUUCCGCGCACAAGCCCAACCCCAUCUCCGGCCAAGGCGGCAAUGGUGCCAUCGAGUCUGUCGCCGAGCUCGUCAACGCCAUUGUGCGCAUGCGAGAUGCCAAAUUAGGUGGUCUGGGGGACUUUGAUGAAGCCGAUUUUGAAAAGAUAUUUUCGCAGACCCAGUCAGCCAGACACGAGCGCGAAAAGUAUCUCAUCGCCGAUGCUCACUAUCAACAAUAUCUCAGUGCCCAUGAGAACAAAGUCAUGUCCAAACUGUUCAUGAAUGUUCUUGGGCCACUGGGAGGAGACGAAAUGUUUUUCUCAAUACUUGGAAAGCCAUUUAUUGACGGUGCCAGGCUGGAGAAGCUGCCGAUCCCUUCCCGUAACCGGGCGGUUCCCUUCAAUGAUGAGCUUCCAGCGCGACCUCUGAGUGGCGCGAUAGGUCAAGUGGCGACAGGAUGUUUCAGUGCGGGCAUGCUCUCUCUGAUCUGGCUUGCGAGCAAGUCAAUGCGCCUUCCGGCUGCAGGCCUCAAUGACUGGACCGGACUGACGGCCAUUUCACGGCCCUGGUCAGGCCUCGGAGGGGGUCUGUUCAAGGCCAUCAUGUCUGCCUUUUCCUAUCCCCUGGAAGGACAACCGCCUGCGAGCAGAGUGCAACUCAUAUACUUCAUGACGCAUCUUGCAGCGCCCAUCUUGUCAUACACUGUCGACGGACACCGAGCUUGCAAUCGUCUACAUCCUCUCUCGCUGCCAAGUGUUUUCCUCGGCAUCAUGCAAGUCCUCGGUAUUGGCUAUGUUGCCCCCACGCAUGCGCUCCUCGAAGCUGCUCAGGGUGACAAUUUGCCGACCACCCGCUUCAUCUCGCCAGAGACUAGUGAGGCUUUGCUGCCGGCUCUGGCUCUGGGAUACGGACUUCCUACAGCCUUGAUGCUGGCGCCUGGGUUCACCAAUUCAGUCAAGCAGAAUAUCACUGCCAUUUGGCAGUUCUCGCCGCUCUUUGUGCCAGCCCUGACCUCUAUGUGGAGACGUUAUAUCGGUAGACGGCAGUCGCGACAGCAGGUGCCGGGGCCUGAGAAGGGCGAUGCGUCAUCGCAACGAAAGGAUGUUGCUGACGCAACACAAGCUCUGAAGAGGGAAUAUCUCUGGACUGCUGGAGUCCAGGCCGCGGUACACUUAGCGACAAUGGCAUACGCCUGUUUCGGCCGGGACAUGUCUGUUGCUGACAUUUUUUUCCGUGUACCAAGUCCUUUCAAGGCAACAUGGAAUCUGCCGGAUACAGGAAGCCAGAUCGCAACGUUCCUCAAGUACGAUUUUGGGAUCGCCAGCUGCGCAUGGCUGGUCAGUGGACUGUAUUCGACGUGGGAUCUUCGCCGUCGUGGCUACGUCACAACCAGAGAGGCCGCAAAGGCUGCAGCGGGCAUCUGUCUCGGUCAGAUCUUGGUUGGUCCCGGAGCAACGUCGAUGCUCUUGGCAUAUUGGCAGGAGGUAACCUAUGCCAGACUGAGCACUCGUAAGUAG